AUGUGUGCUCAAUUCUUCUGCACAGCCUUAAGCCAUUCCAGUUCCAGUGUUAGUACUAUUCCGAUAGAGGUAAUGAGUUGUUCAGUCAGCGAAUCAAUGUCUACUACUCUAUUUGGUUGGUGGAUUGCCAAAAAAAAAGUGAGGUUAGAAUGAUAUGCAGGUAAAAUUAGCCAAAAAGUAAGUCUAUGACAUGUGGGCCACAAGAAUAAAAAAGAGAGGGGAGACCGGUUUGUGAUAGUGAACUAAACAUUUUUCUGUAGAAAUUUGCCAGGAUUUAGGUUGGCACUGUUAGUCACGUGAUGAUGUGCCAUCUCUGGCUAAUAGUAUCUUGAUUUUUUUUCUGAAAUGUUUGGUUCUAGUAAUUCAAGCCUGUUAUUAAACACUAACCGAUGCAGUUCUAGGCAAAAUUAAAACUGCACAACAGAACAAGUUGUUCUUCACGCAGAAUGUCACAAACCUCAUUUUUCAGUAGUUUUUUUUUAAUUGGUGGUUCUAGAGGUUUUGAGGUUCGUAUAGGAGUACCCCAUCCUUUUAAAUUUGAUGAAAAUUUUGAUGAAAUAAAUGUAAAUUUAAUAUUAUGAAAUUUCAAAGUAUGAGGUAGGACCAUCUAACGAAAAUUUCUUCCGCCACUGGUUUUUUUUCAAAGUCUUUUAUAUCAGUCUCCCUGCCCUGAACCACGAUUACAGAAGAGAAAAAUAAGGAAAGGAAAGAGAAGGCAUGGGCAACCUGUUGUGCUGCGUGGAGGUGGAGGAGUCGACGGUGGCGAUGCGGGAGCGGUUUGGUAAGUUCGACGGCGUCAUGGAGCCUGGCUGCCACUUCGUGCCCUGGUUUCUUGGCCUCCAGGCCCGCGGCCCCCUCUCCCUCCGCCUCCGUCAGCUCGAGAUCCGCUGCCCGACCAAGACCAAGGACAAUGUGUAUGUAACUAUUGUUACGUGUGUUCAGUACCGUGCUCUAGCCGACAAAGCGAGCCAUGCGUUCUACACGCUCAUCAACACCAGGUCACAGAUCCAGGCUCACGUCUUCGAUGUGCUGAGGACGAGCAUACCGAAGCUGGCGCUGGAGGAGGUGUUCGACAAGAAGAAGGAGAUCGCGGAGGCGCUGGAGGAGGAGGUGGCGGAGGCCAUGGCGCCGUACGGCUACGAGGUGAUGCGCGCGCUCGUCGUGGACGUGGAGCCCGAGGAGGCCGUGAGGCGCGCCAUGGGCGAGAGCCGCGCCGCGGCCGACAGGGCGGUGGCGGAGCGGGCGGCGCGCGCCGGGCGCGCCGAGGCCGACGCCGAGGCCGCGCGCCUCGCCGGCGUCGGCGCCGCGCGCCACCGCCAGGCCGUCGUCGACGGGCUCAGGGCCUGCGUCGUCGCGUUCUGCGCCGCCGUCCCGGGCGCCACGCCCAGGGAGGUCAUGGACAUGGUGCUCGUCGCGCAGUACUUGGACACCGUGAGGGAGAUCGCCGCCGCGUCCGCGUCCGGGUGCUCGGCGGCGGCGGCGGUGCCGUUCCUCCCGCACGGCCCCGCCGCGGCGCGCGACGCCGUGGCGCAGAUACGCGACGGGCUGCUCCAGGCCGUGCAGCCUCCUGCCGCCGCCGCCGCCGCAAGCGUCGCCGCCGUUGGCCUUCCAUUGCCAUUGCCAGUCGCCAGCGUUUGCGAAGGUAUCACAGAAGAGCAGUAGUUGAGUUGAGUUGGGUUGCCUUACUGUGUCAGUGUGUAAUAAUGCCAAUGGUUACUGCAAAUCUAGCUACUAUAUAUGCUGUGUCUUGGAUGUGUUGUGUACAAGUGAUCUGGAUCAAGAAAAGUGUCAUGCAGUGCUUCUCUUGUUCUUUUUGCAAUUGAAUUGCUUCUGCAAGGAUGCCAGAACUUAAUGAUA